AUGAGUCAAGACGUUUUUCAAAGCUCUGACGGAGGAAAUGUUAAGUAUGCUGACAAUGAGAGUAUGUGGGGAUCCUCUGCCAAUCUUGGAACACCGGUUGCCGCAUCAACUGCAGCCAGACCAAAGCAGACUUAUUUGGACAGGCCAUCAAACGGUGCAUUUGGUUCUUUUUUGGAUCAGACAUCAAAUUCGGAUUUGCUUGAAAACCAAAGAUUAAGUGGAUUGUUACAGGACAUUGAUUUGUCUGGAGUGUCUUUUUCAUCAUCCGAAUCCAGACCAUCAAAUAUUGCCAGUACUAACAGUAAAGAUAAUUACCUGACAGACACCUCAUCUCUUGGUCUUAUUCCAGAAUGUGAAAUGGAAGGAUUAUCUAUUGGUCUGUUACCUGUGGAUAGUGAUGAUAACUUCAGUGAUAGGACCAUAACACCUGUCGCAUGGCAUAAUCACUGUCCCAGAGACUCAGACGGUGAAGGAUUUAUACCAGAUAGUUUAGAAGAAAAAAUGAUACCACAAGAUAAUUUAGGUGUGCGUGGUGCUGCCACUGGUAUAGAGUCUGAUGGAAGUGAAAUCAACACAGAUGAUGAACUGGAAGCAGCUAGAAAGGAAAUAGCAAGGCAGCAGCGAGAUCAAUAUUUAUUACAACACAGGCGUGGUGAAAUAGAAGAACAGCGUCCUGGGUUGGAAGGUGGCAACUCAAAUGAAGAUGCCUCUCUAAUAUCAUCCGAGAAUGAGCCAGUUAGUUUGCGUCAGUCUGCUGAAGGCGAUGUCUCAUUUUCGCCUGUGCCUGGUGAUGGCGGUGGUGGAGGUGAUGGGAGUAGUGGAGCUGGUACAGAUGAUAGUGAUGAUGAUGAUAAUGAAUCUGGUUUCAAUCCAGUUUCCAAUGAUGCUCCAAGUACAAUGGAUGUCUUACGAAGAUUGGGUCUAGCAGGAGAUGGAGUUGACAACCUUAUUCCACCCAUGCCUGAUUAUAAAAACAGUGCUGAUUUUCCAGGUUCGUCUAGGAUGAGACCAACUGGCGAUGAUGACCCAUUGAAUCGCCAAGUACGGUUUGUCAGUCCAAGCGGGAGUACCAUACCCUCACAUAUUAGGCCUUUUCAGGGAUCUACUUAUAGCCAAGCAAGUGGUAGAGACUCAGACUCACAGUAUUCGGAUGAAUUACAGCUUGCUUCCAAGUUUUUUCUUCCAACAACUCAUUCAUAUAGUAACACUAUGGCUGAAGAUGUAGCCAGUACUCCAUGGAGUUUUGAUGACAGUAGUUUCCAUGCAUCUGAGAUUGGUGCCAUUACUCAAGAUAACAAUGAUGACGAUGUGGAGGAUGACCAUGAUGUGACUUUGAGAUGUGUGCCUGAUAUUGAGUUUGAUAAAACUCUGACAAGUGAUGAAAUUAGGAGAGGAGAAGGUGAUGAACAUGUGCAGAGCCCACAAAACCCCUUUGUUGGGCGUUCCUCAUUGGGCAGUUUUGGAUUAGGUACCGGUGAUUUCACAUUCAGUCAGAAUUUGGCAUUUGGAGAAGAUGAGUUUGCUCAGUUAGACCCAGCUGCAUUGAGCCCACGAAGUAACCUGAGUAAUGAACAGAUGAACCUAUCACAAGAAAGGGCUGAGGAAAGAGCUGAAGUUCAAGGUGCCGAGAGUGGAGAGGAAGACUAUGUAAGUGAUCCCCAACAAUCAAGGAAAUCACCCACUGGUUAUGACAGUGGAAGAGAAUCUACUCCACAUAGUCCAUCCUAUAUUGAAGACAAUGGUGAAAUACUUACCGACUUGGCUUUCAAAUCACCACUACCAGCUAUGAAUAAACAUGGUAAAUCAUUAUUGGAUGCGGUUACUUCGAGCAGUUCUUCACAUCAUGCUAUUAUCUUGCCAAAGGAUAAGCUGGUAUUCCCAGCCACUGAAGCUGGUCAUGUAUUUAAACUGAAACUACAGAUUAAAAAUGAAGGCACUGUUGCACAUACUUUGAAGUUUGUGAACCCACAUCCACCGUUCUCAAUAAGUCAUUCAGAAUACUCCAUCAAACCAAGACAUUAUCUCCAUCUACCGGUCAGUUUCAAACCUGAACAAGCUGGAAUAUAUGAAUCGUUGCUGGUGAUUGCUACAGACGUUGAACACAGUCUUGUGGCUAAACUCUAUGGAGAAUGUCUGUAA